GACUCAAAAGUGUUGAACCUUGUCACCCAUUGCUGGUUUGCACCAGAUGUUCCUUUUCAGGACAGUGUGAUGUCUGAAACUAUGACAGCUUUUACAUUUCACUUGCCUCAGAGAUGCAUCAUUCAGAAUGACUAUGUUCUAGUUCUCUGUUGUAAGGGACCAAAAUACGGCAGACUUCAGAAUGAGCAGGAAAUGUUGAAAGCUACAUGGCUUCAAUUGAGUUAACCACACAGCUUUGAUCAACUUGAUUUCCUCAAACUUUCAUAACUGACAGACAUUUCAACCAACAAAAUGACAUACAAAGAAAAUGUUUUUGUGCUUUUAUCCAUGCAUCAUUCUGUAUUUGAAAGUGUUUCUGGACAACAAGAGGGCAUCACAGGUGUUGGUGCGAGCCAGGAGGGCAAACUCCUGGCUUGAAGAGGUUAAGCCGGGGAACCUGGAGAGAGAAUGCAUUGAGGAGAUCUGUGACCACGAGGAGGCCAGAGAAGUGUUCGAGAUAACCGACCUGACGACAGCGUUCUGGGUAACUUAUCAGGACUGUGAAGGCACCUCUCUAAAGAGGACUAAAGACAACAUACAGGUGGUGAAAAGAUGUGUAGAAGGAGAAUGUGUUGUAAGUACAGGGCUGAACUACAAGGGCAAUGUGAGGUUCACCUCGUCUGGAAAGCUGUGCCAGUACUGGAGUAGCAACUUCCCCCACCUGGUGGAGUUUAAUGCCACUGUGGAUACGAAUUUGAAAGAGAACUUCUGCAGGAACCCAGACAGCAGUCCUCUGGGCCCGUGGUGUUACACCAGGGACCCAACAGUCAAGAGAGAACCCUGCACUGUCCCCAUCUGUGGUAAGGUAUUUGUCCCUUCCCCACCUCCGGCUGUGCAAAGCACUAAAAUGUAUGCUCAGAAGAAGGAUUGCCUCUCCAACAUUGGGGUGGACUACAUUGGCACCCUCUCCACCACACUGCAAGCCCGAACUUGCCUGCCCUGGACUGAGCCCUCUGUCCAGGCUAGGAUCAAGGGUAAGGGCUUUAUCCCUGAGGUGAAGCUAGACAAGAACUAUUGCAGGAACCCUGAUGAAGACCCGGAAGGGCCAUGGUGCUUUGUGGAGAAAAACGGGACAACCGUAGAGUACUGCGACCUGGAGCUUUGUGAUAACCCCAUAGAUAACUAUCAGGAUAGUACAGGAGGCAAGGAGAGGAGUGUUCUUUCUGGCCCCAGGAAGACCUUCUUCAGCCCACGUUCUUUUGGCAAUGGAGAGCUGGUGUGCGGUGAACGGCCACUGUUUGAGAAGGUGAACAAGAAGGACGCUAAAGAGCAGGAGCUGCUGGACUCCUACAGAGGGAGCCGUAUCGUCAAGGGGUUGGACGCAGAGGUAGCCAGCGCGCCAUGGCAGGUGAUGCUGUAUAAGCGCAGCCCUCAGGAGCUGCUGUGUGGCGCCAGCCUGAUCAGCGAUGAGUGGAUCCUGACUGCUGCUCAUUGCAUCCUCUACCCACCCUGGAACAAGAACUUCACGAUUGGCGACAUCCUGGUCCGCCUCGGCAAACACAACAGGGCCAAGUUUGAACGAGGCACCGAGAAGAUUGUGGCCAUUGAUGAGAUUAUCGUCCACCCCAAAUAUGACUGGAAGGUCAACCUGAACAGAGACAUUGCUUUGCUGCACAUGAAACAACCAAUCCAAUUCACUGAUGAGAUUCAUCCUAUCUGCAUGCCUAGCAAGAAAGUAGCCAAAACGUUAAUGUUUUCAGGCUAUAAGGGCAGAGUGACAGGCUGGGGGAACCUGAAGGAAACGUGGAGCUCUAACCACAAGAACCUACCCUCAGUCCUCCAGCAGAUCCACCUACCAAUCGUUGACCAAGACAUCUGCCGCCAGUCCACCACCAUCCACGUCACAGACAACAUGUUCUGUGCUGGCUACAAACCAGACGACCCCACAAGAGGUGAUGCCUGUGAGGGAGAUAGUGGAGGACCAUUUGUCAUGAAGAACCCAGAAGACAACCGCUGGUACCAGAUUGGCAUCGUCUCCUGGGGUGAGGGCUGCGACCGUGACGGCAAAUAUGGUUUCUACACCCACCUGUUCCGUAUGAGAAGAUGGAUGAGUAAGGUCAUCGAUAAAGCAGGAGGCGACGAUGACUGAUCUGUCUCUCAGAUUCGUGAUCUCCAUCCAUCAAAAUGAGAAGGAAAUAAAACAUUUGAAUUAGGAAAUGAUUAAACUGUGGUGUGAUUAUUUUAACACAUUAACAUAUCAAAGUAUUUUCUACUCUGAACUGUGUACUAAAUAAGGUGCAAACUUAUGACUGUGUAAAGCUUACCCAGGGCUCUUUUACACGUGACAGUUGCUUUAUAUCGUCUGCUUUACUGCUAUUUU